AUGGAGACGGAUUCCAAACGCGGCGUGUACUCCAUUGCACGAUCCAUGUUGCCGCAGCAUUUUCUGCGGCGAGCCCCCCACGAGGACUACGACAUUGAGCAGCACCUCAACAUGAGCAUGUUUGAGGACGACGACGGGCUCAACGAGGAGCUAGACAUUGACAUGGAUCAGUUCCACAUGGACCUCUUUUCGCCCCAGCAGGGCGUGGUCACACAGACCCCGAUACCCACGCCGAUACAAAAGUCUCCGGCAACGCUUCCGACACAUUCGACACAUUCGACACAACCCGCCACACAGACACAAAAGGCCAAGAAACGCAAAAACGAGUCCGGCCUGGCCAACUACAAGUUUGGCCGAACCACGCCCAUCAUUUACCCCCCGUCGUUGAGCCCUGGCCCCCACAACUCCGGCUCGCCCCCCACCUAUCUGCCGGACUUCAACCCGGUGACUUGGGACCAGAUUGGCAGUCACACCGCCCACAAGCUUGUGGUCCAGGACCUCCCUCCCCGCUCGCGAGUGGAGACACAAAUCAACCUGUCCAUGUUUGUGUACCCGCCGCCACCACAGAACCUUGUGCAUCUCCCCACCGACACAAUUUCCAAACCCAAGCUGCAGCUGCGACAGGGCUUCGAGCCCGACGCCGACGUGCUCAUGUUGGAGACGGUCGUCGUGUGCCAUUCGGACCCCCGCAACUUCGUCAAUAUUUGUUCUGGUUGCAUGAACCGAGAGCGAAAGCGAGCGUCGCGUAAAAAGGUGCGUGUCCCCAUCGACGAAGCACACUGGAACUGCGACCGGGACCGACGCGCCAUCAUCUUCAACUGCAAAGAGAUUGUCGAGCUGUCCCCCGUGACCACCGAAGGAGGAGUGGUGGGUCGACGGCUGGAUCUGCCCAUGCGGAUCGCGUGCUACUGUCGCCACCACGGCGAGGAGCUGGGCUUCACAGCCUACAUUUCGCUGAGGGACCACACGGGCCGUGUUGUUGCCCAGACAAAAACCACCCCCAUCAUGAUCACCGACGACCACAAGGCCUUGACCGAGGGCGACGUGUCCUCUCUAGCAGCUCGAGUCUCUUCCGAAUCGCAACAAUCACAAUCACAACCACAAUCACAACCACAGUCACAGCCACAAUCACAACCACAAUCACAGGCGCAAUCGCCCUCUCCCGAUGGUCCUCAGAUGGAGAUGGAGGUGGUUCGAACCACCAAGAAACGUAAGAGUGGCGCCGACGACACACCCUACUCCAUGUCGUCGACCACGUCACUCCAGAAGCUGGGCUCUGUCUCAGAAACAUCUUCCAUUCCCGACACGGAUCUCUUCACGUCUGUGCCCUCAUCCACCGACUUCUCCGAGUCAUACACCAACAUGGCCAGUUUGUUGAGUGGGUCCGAGAGUGCGGCGGAGGAGGAUUCCUCUGUCCCUGCCGUCAAGCGGCUUAUUCCCUCUCAGGGCUCUAUCCGGGGAGGUAUGGAGAUCACCUUGCUGGGCCAGGGUUUCCAUGACGGACUCGUGGUGAAGUUUGGUGACAACUUUGCCUCAACCCAGUGCUGGAGUGAUACGACCAUUGUCGCACAGCUUCCUGCCACUGAGGUUGCCGGGCCCGUGAUUGUCGCCUUCUCUGGUAUCCCCGUCAAAAACCCCCAGGUCUUCACAUAUAUCGAUGACACGGACCGACAACUCAUCGAGCUGGCUCUGCAGGUGGUGGGUCUUAAGAUGAACGGCAAGCUAGAGGACGCUAAGGACAUUGCUCGUCGGCUUAUUGGAGGAGGAGGAGUCAAUAACGUUUCUGGCGUGAUGGUUCAACAACAGCAGCAGCAUCAACAGCCUGACUACAUUCAACAGCAGAUGCAGCUGGAGAGCGAGGUAAUCAAGCUGCUGAGCUGCUGUGACGUGAUGCAGAGCUCUGAAAACAACGAGGGCCUCAACUUCACCAACGCCAAGACGCAGUCGAUGAUGCACCUGGCUGCCGGACUCGGAUUCACACGACUAGUGGUUUUCUUGACCUCUCGGGGCGUGUUCCUGAACACCCAAGACGACGCGGGCUUUACCCCGCUGCAUUACGCUGCUCUUCGUGGCAAGCUGGAUGUUGUCACGUACCUGGCUUCUCAGAACGUCAACCUCUUUGUGGAGUCCAAGUCCGGUCACUACGCGCUGGACAUUGCUGAGGAGGAGAUCCGGUCAUAUCUGAUGGAUCUCAUGUACUCGGGCGUGUCUGCUUCUUCGGAUGACUCUGGUUCAGAGACUGAAGUGCCCGCAUCUUCCAAGCGGUCGCGUCGACAUCGACGACGAGCACGAGGACCCCGAGGUAUCGCUCAGUACAUGUACGACCUUAACAGCGCGGUGUGGAGCUCCAACAUGGGCGAUCUGUAUGAUUUCAUCAAGUCGCCCUUCAAGGUCGCUGAGUCAUCUACGUCGGAAUCGUCUUCCGCGUCUUCCGCGUCUCCCGCGUCUUCCUCGUCUCCUAACGAGCAUGCUCCUCCCAAAUACGAAGACAUCUUUCCCGAGGGCUCCAAGGUGCCCGAAAUCGACUACUCGUCGUCGGUCAUUGAAGCUGGGUCUUCCACCCCAGCAGCCCCCAGCUCGUGGGACCGAAAGGAGCAGACAGAAGUGUCUGCCACUCCUUCUAACACACCCACCGAUGAGUCUGCUGCUUCCUGUGGAGCAGUAGAAAUGAGCGAGGAGGAGGUCAUGGAGGCCUGGAAGUCGAAGCGUACGCUUCUGCACCAAGACAUUAUGUUCUUCCUCUUCUGGCUUCCCAUUUUUGUUGCUCUCAUGUACUGGGCCUAUCUGACCGCUCGGUCCUCUCUCAUGGGCUACUCUUCGACAUCUUCUUGGGAUGUCAAGUCUAUGAAAGACACUUUUCUGGACUAUACUUUGCAUGUCCUGAUUCCCAAGAAGCACAUUCACAAAGUCAAGUGGUUGAGUUGA